CACGCUCCACACUUGCGACUCGACCGGCGCUCAUUUCAGUCGACGCUGAGACGUCGCGCGCGCGCGUUGUUUCAAAUUUUUCCGCGCUUUCGGAGGUGCGCUGUCGCGCCGCGCGUCCUUUGCGUCUCGUUCACUCGCGUAUACACGGCGUUACCACGGUGCGAUCGCGCGAGAGUACGUCGCACGGCGGGCGCGAGAAACUCGUGUGAGAAUAUCGCGACGACAUGGCAGAUCCACGGGGUGAUGAUCCGGCACGCGUCGCGUGAGUGCAUUGCUCUCGAUCCGGCCGAUCGGCGAACAAGUGAGACGAUAGUGACGAGUGUCGCGCGUUCUACUCGUCGUUCGGGUUCGUUAGUUGGAUUAUUGUUGAUUGUUCCGGCUUGAUCUACCGCGACCUUCGCUGCGCAUCAUCCCACCGCACGGAUACCGGAGGUCGUCAGGCGUCGGAGCAGCUGCCGGAGCAACCGCUGAAGCAGCUUCUGGAGCAGUCGCCGGAGCAGCCACGACAUGGACUUCGUAAUAUUGAAGGUGAACGGACAGGACGUUUCGAACUCUAGUCACGAAGAUGCAGUGCGUUGCUUCCAGUCGGCCCAGGAGCCAAUUAUCGUGGAAGUUCUUCGACGACAACCCGCGCAUCAACAGGUUCCUCACACGCCCUCGAAGGAGCACGAAAGGAUCGCGUGCCAGGAUAAGAGUGAGGGAACGACAAACGGGAGGGGCCCGAUAGAUGACAGAACGUGCAACGACGAUGCGAAGAAGGACUCGGCGUCCCCCUUGGUGUCGACCGCGGUCCAAACAGAUUGGGCCGGCCUCAUCGAGGAGGAGGAGCUGCUUCCGGUUCCUCUCGUGGUCGAGGAACAAGCGAACGACAGCUUCGAGGACUUUCUCGCUCACGACAUCGACUUCGAGGAGGUGACGUUGCGGAAAAGCGGAAGUGCCGAGAAGCUCGGGCUGACGGUGUGCUAUAGCUCUGGUUCCGGCAGCGAGGACGCCGACACAGAAGUUUAUAUCUCGGAAAUAGUUCCUGAAAGUCUCGCGGCGCGGGACGGCCGGUUGCGAGAAGGAGAUCAAAUCUUGCGGGUCAACGGCAAGGACGUCGCGAACAAGGAGCAGACCGAGAACCUGUUCGCGGAGACGAAGAAUGCAGUGACGAUUCUUGUCAGCCGAUGUCUAUAUCAAGAUGAGGAGUACGAUGACAGGCGCAUCUAUCAUCAAGGCUCGCCGCCGCUCUCGCCUGAGAAUCUACCGGCGUAUCAGAACAGCAUGAUCGAGCAGCUGAUCCGUCAACAGCAGCAGCAAACGGAGGAGCGUACCAAAGAAAGCGAGGUAAACAACUCCACCCUGAAAGCGCCUCCUCCUAUACCUUCUCAUACUCAACAACAACAGCAGCAGCAGCAGCAGCAGCAGCAGCAGCAGCAACAGCAGCAACAGCAACAGCAACAGCAGCAGCAGCAGCAACAACAGACUCAGCAGCAACAACAAGCCGUCAACAUUUUCUCCACGAACUCGUCGUCCACGUGUUCGUCGCAAAACUCACAAAAGUCCGGCAAGAACGCUAUCUCCCCGGCGCACCAUACGGAGGACCGUAAGCAGUGGAUGCAGGACGCCUUGAAGGACUGCUCGAAGAGGCUGGACAGCAUUUCCCUGCGUGGGCAGCAGUCCGGGCCACCUACGCUGCCGGUGAAGCUCGUCGAGGCGUACUCGAGCCACGUGUGGAGCGACACCGAGCACAUCUACGAGACGAUACCGGAGUCGGACAGCGAGCCCAUUUACUCGUCGCCGUACGAGCACCAUCAGCAUUGGACGACGCAGUCCUCGACGACGAACCAUGCCACGACGUUGCAGCACGCUCCGCCGAACCACGCGACCGGCAAUCAGAAGUGGCACUCUUCGUCGAAGAGCAACAGCUCCGGCGAAGAGAAGGACAGCUCGAGCGCGUACAACACCGGCGAGUCUUGCCAUAGCAACCCUCUGACCUUGGAGCUUCACCAGGGCGAGCGAGAUCAUCACAAAAGCACGUUGGUGUUGUGCCCGCCAAAAGCACCGCAGCAGCAACAGCAGCAGCAGCAGCAGCAGCAGCAGCAGCAGCAGCAGCAGCAGCAACAGCAACAAGCGCAGCAACAGAGACUGGGCUGCAACUGUCCCAUGCCGGUGACACCAACCGUGACCUCCGCCAGCAGGCAAUCCAAGAAUCAGAGCGCGAGGAAGAGCUCGUCCUCGUCGCACCAUCACCGGGACCGCAACGAGCCGGCGAUGACGAACGCCAACACGCUGCCGGCCGACACCAUGUACACGAACGUGGCGAAUCUACAACAGACGAUGAUGCUGCAGCAGCAGCUGUUCAAGCAGGCGCUCAACCGCCGGAACCUCACCACCAGGGAGGCCGGCGGCGCGCGGAAGUCCAAGUCGCACGGUAACUUCCAGGCGCCGAAUCUGACGCAGUAUCAGUUCAUUGGCAGCCAGCAGGUGUGCACGUCCACCACGUGGAUACCGCCAGAGGAUAAGGGCGAGGUGCAGAUGGAGUGGAAGGUGAAGAGGCGGGCGGACGGCACGAGGUAUAUCGCCAGGCGGCCGGUGAGGAAUCGUAUACUGCGGAACAGGGCAAUCAAGAUAUCCGAGGAGAGAGCUGGCCACACGACCGAGGACGACACUAUGUCGGAGAUGAAGGUAGGACGAUACUGGAGCAAGGAGGAGCGCAAACGGCAACUAGAGCGCGCGCGCGAACGCAAGCAACGGCAGCAGGAGCUGUUGCUGCAACAGCAGCAGCAGCAGAUGCAACAGACCAACGACGUGCUGAUAUGCGAACACACGGAGGAUAAAGUAUCGAAAAAGCCACUGAGCAUCGUGGAACUCAGUCACAAGAAGAUGGCGCGCAAAAAGACAACCCUGGACGACUUCACCACCGUGCAAGAAAUGUUAGUUCACGGAAACAGGGUGGGAGCAGGUGGCCCUGGCACGGGGGGGAAAUUAAUGGGUCUACUGUCGGUUACCACGGUAUAAGCGGACUCGUUGUACCUUUCAGUUUCGCCAAGUUUCAGUCUCUCGCUCGCUCGUUUGCUCAUCAUGUUGCCGCGAUCGUCGUCACGCGCGCGCGCGCGCUUGGAUAUUGAUGAAACGCGACGUGCAUGAAGACACCACGUGUUUCUCGCAGACUCAGCGUAAUUACCGUUGCGAGAAAGUGAGAGAGAGAGAGAGAGAGAGAGAGAGGGGGAGGGGGGGAGAGACGGCUUUUAAUGGCGCGUGCGGUAGAGAUUCCAAAAGUUUUGCACGGUGCAACUCACGCGACAUAUUGUCUGGCUUGUACGGUGCGGUGUACGCGCGUGCGACGUCCCGCAUUACAGACGUAAUUCCGGAUAACGAGCCGAGAGCUCGCACAAGGUGUUGUUUAACAUUUGUUCGAACAAUCUCUACGGGACUGUUCGCUCGCGGGACGCGCGUAUAUGCGCGCGCGAAUUCACUACUCAGCGGACGCGACGCGAGGCGGAGUAUCCUUGUCGUGAUCCACGCGACGUUUGCUCUCCGACGAUGAGACGAGGGGGAACGAUCUGACGUCACGGUGAUGGAGACGACGAAGACGACGAAAAGCGAGGACAAGUCGCGCCCCGUGCCGGUUUCCCUGUGAGUGUGUAACAAUGCGACGCGUGCGAAUACUCAUGAUUCCACGACGGGGGAGAAGCGCGGCGGCGACGCGCCACUGCAAUAAAACGAGGAAGCUUACGUUUAUCGCUGUUGUGUGUACACAUGCGUGGAGUUUAUAUACAGCGCGUUCGCUCUGAUCAAUUCUGUAAAUAUCCAUCGUACACGGUAAUAUAUGUAGAUUUUACACGCGCGUCCUCGCACGACUGCGCGCAGCCGAGAGGAUUUCACACGCGGUGCGGUGGAAUGCUUUCGCCGUUACGUGCUACGUGGUGAUUAUAGGUUUGUAGAUAUGUAUGAUAAAGUUAAACACGACGUGCAUUAACGCGGCACACGUGGUUAUUCUUUUCGCUUUGCGCUGUGAGAGAGAGAGAGAGAGAGAGAGAGAGAGAGAGAGAGAGAGAGAGAGAGAGAGAGAGAGAGAGAGCGCUCGAGGAUCAUCUCCGAUGUAACCGAUCAGUUUCGUUGUCAAAUUGCUUUCACGGGUGUAUCACGAGCGCAGUUUCCUCUCUCUCUCUCUCUCUCUCUCUCUUUCUCUCUUCCUCCUUUUGAUUCGCCAGGGUAUACACAACCUCGUAAUUUUUACAUCAUUUCCGCAAAGCAUUUCGAGAACGAGCAGAGCAUUGUGUCAUACGCGAGAGACACGCUCGAGGGGGAACGACACCGGAAAUACGCGUUAACAACCGUGCCUCGUUCUUUCGCGUGCACCGCCGAGUCGAUCGAUCGUUACUUUUCGUUCAGACGCGCUUUCCGCUCGCGUUCCGCUCUCUUUCCCCUCCCAAGAGAGAUAAUCAAACACUAGGAUUGUAUACUGCCGAUAAUCGUGACCGUAUAUAUUUUAAAGCACACGCGUUCAAGAGCCGAGAGAAGAAUUUGUGAAUAAGGAGCGCAUCGAGCGUAAUCACAGUUAUCACGGGCCGCCCGACGAGAGCUCAUACUGCGCAAGGUGCGUGGGUGCGUCCGGGGAGAACGAUGUUAGAUACAGUAUAUAACGUUGUAGAAAAUACGCCGUACGACAUAGACUAAGCACGUAAACGCGCACGUAUGCUGUCUUUUGUAUGUAGAUGCGAGACGUAACGAUUCUAAGAGAAGAAAAAGAAAAAAAGAGGAAAAAAGGAAAAAAGAGAAAAAAAGAUAUGUGUAAUGUACAUAAAACACCCGAAUAAAGUGCAACAUUAAUAUAUGCAA